GGAGAGAGGCAGUCUUUUGCAGAGAGACAGAGAGAGAGAGAGAGAGAGAGAGAAGUCCAGAAAGCUUUGGUGCAUUGAAAGAAAAAGACUCGCUGUUGCCAGAUUUCCACUCUACAACCCAAAACAAAGUGAAUACUUUUCCUUGAAAAGUUAGGGGGAAAAAAGCAACCAUGAUCGGGAUAACGUUUGGACGCACGUCGGUCUUGUGCACCUUGCUGCUCUGGGCAUUUCAAGUUUGUAAUGGUGCUGUGCAAGUGAAUGUGACACCUCAAUUGGAAGUGAUGAAAGGAGAGACUGCCAAACUUCCCUGCAAAUACACCGUCUCACCACCAUCAAGCAACACUGUCGUCGAGUGGUACAUCGAGGAGCAUGGAACGAGGGAGCGUGUGGCUUUUUUCCAGGGUGGCCAGGGAAAAGCUGAUGACAAAACUCCUCUGACUGGGCGCGUCAGCAUUGGAGAGGAUCACACCUUGACCAUCUCCCCCGUUCAACCAUCUGACCAGCGCAUCUUCUACUGCCAGGUCACUGCUGGCACCACCGGUUCAGGAGAAGGCCCCACUAUGCUCAAAGUCUUCUUUGCUCCUGAGAAGCCAGAACUCACUAAGCCCACAAGUCAGGCCAUUUCUGUGGGAGCAGCUACCAGCUCUGAGAUCGGUACCUGUGUGACGAUGAACGGACAUCCCCAGCCAAGAAUUAUCUGGUUUAAAGAUGACCAGCCCCUACCCGAGGUCAAAGAUAAGGACAGCAACCCCCACAUGUUUCCUGCUACGGUGAAGGAAGCCUCUGGUCUUUUCACUGUAAAGAGCAUCCUGUACAUGAAGCCCACCAAGGCAGACAAGGACUCUGUGUUCCAUUGCGUUGUGGAGUACAGCAUGCCAGGAGACAAGAUCCAAGAGAAGAAGUCCAACACCAUCACCAUCAACCUUAACUAUCCCUCUGAGAAAGCGACCUUUUCCCUAGUCAACACUAAUCCGAUCAAGGAGGGUGACAAUGUUACCCUAAAAUGUGAGACUGAUGGAAACCCGCAGCCAGAGUUUGACUUCGCUAAAGAUGGAAAACCCAUCAAGGGUGAGGGUGGUCUCCUGACUCUGAAUUUUAUCAAGCGCACAGAAAAUGGUGUGUACACAUGCACAGCCAUAGACUUCGAUAACCUGGACGCUGACUUGAGUGGAACUAUCGACCUCGCUGUCAACUACAUCGACCCAGUGACCGUGACCCCUGCCCAACCUCAAGUCGUCAUGCUUGGAGACAAAGUGGAGUGGCAGUGUAAGACCAAGGCCUCAGCCCUGCACACUGUUCAGUGGAAAAAGGGCUCUGACGUGCUCUCUCAAGACGGCACGCUUUCUAUAGAGGGCGUAUCCUAUGAGCAAGCUGGGAAGUACAUGUGUGUUGGAAAUGUGCCAUCUGUGCCAGGACUGACGGCCCAGACCAGUGUGAACCUCGUUGUCAAAGGAAAGCCGAUGAUCGAGACUCCCGCCGUUGCAGAGGUAGGGAAGGAAGGAGACGUGGUUACUCUGAAGUGCUCGGCCUAUGGCUCCCCUGCCCCUCAGUUCACCUGGAAGCCCUCAGGGAAAGAGUCUGUAUCAGUGGAAGGUGACAAGGUGGUGAGCACCGUGACCCUACAAGCCACAGCCGAGGUCAUGAAGGACGGGGUGACCUGCGAGGUCUCCAAUGAGCACGGCAAAGAUAGCAAGACCCUCUCAGUAUCUCUCAAAAGAGCUGACAAGCAGCAGGGAGGCUCCAGCGGCGUGGUGAUAGCCGUGGUGGUGUGUGUUCUGCUGCUCCUGCUGCUGGUGGCUCUGAUCUACUUCCUGAACAAGAAGAGUAAGCUGCCCUGCAGCAAGAAAGACAAGAAGGAAGUGGCUAGUGGAGAGGUGAACAACGACAUUGUGGUGGAGAUGAAGACAGAAAAGGCCAACGAAGAGGCCGGUCUCCUCAACAAGAGACCGUCCACAGAACAGUGAUGAAACGAGGCAAUGAAGGUGACCGACUGAGGGAUGAAGGGAAGGAGGAGAACAGUAUGAAGACAACAGGGCUAGUUUUUAUUCACUACACAAGACUGUGGGGGGUAACAAGAGGUGGAACAUGGACAUUACUUUGUUUUGGGGACUUUGGGAUGCACACCAUGUUUGUUUUUGGUUACGCAUGUUUUAAAACCUGAGGUAGACCUUUCUAGAUGGAGGAUUUAGGUUGCCUUUUCAGAUUAAACUCCAUCCAUAAAUGCUACCACAGGUUUAAAACCAUACAUGCAAAAUCACAAUGUGACAUCACUGGAUGACAUUAUUAUCAUUAUCAUGGCUUCUUUUGAUUUUUUCUCACCAUUCACAUCUUUGCUUCGACUCCUCUGCAGAAUAGAGCUGCACAGCGAGGCAUGGCCAACACAAUCCAAACACAGUGGCAGGAUCUUUUCUAUUUUAUCUACCCCAAAUGAAACACAAAAUGCCAUUAAGCCACUGUGUUGAUCUGGACAUUGUGUCUGCAUGCAGGUGUAACACCAAACGUCUAUUCUGCCUUGGAGUCUGCACUUAAAUCUCUGAAAUAUCACAUGGUGCCAUUCUGUUUUUAUUCACCUCAAUAAGUGAUGAUUUAUGCUCACAACAUUUAAUCCCUCAGCAGCACACUGUUUGGCACACACGGCUGUAACAUGUCUGCUCAAAGAAGCACUGUGUUUGCUUUAGUGUCGUUUGUUUAAUUGCAUUUUGCCACCUGUAAAUUCUUUGUGUGUUUUUUUCCCCCCAAUCCUUAAUUAGCUUUCCGUAGAAGCAGACCAGGCUUUUUUAAUAUAACGCCAAUCCUUUCUUUUAAAUUGCUUGCAAUUUUUUUUUUAAUCCAGCUAAAAAGCCACCAAACAAGCAAGCUAUUAGGUUGUACAAAUUGUUCUUGCCAUUUCCAUCAUACGUGUAUAUUAUGUUAGUACUUCGCUUGUUCACACUGCUCUCCUUUUUUUUUUUUCUGUAAAUUCAAAUGCUACUAUUACGCUGUCUAUCAAGCAGGUGUACUGAUGUGGAGUUACUGUGGUGACUAAACUGCCAGCCCAGGACCGUAAUUGCUACCAUUUCUUACCAAGUCUUUUGCAGCAUUUCAGUCCUCUACUCUGGGGAUGAAACCAUUCUCACAAGCGUAGCACGCAACCGUUGUGCUCAGAAAGCCCAAUUAUCAUCAGCUUUCACUGUAAAAUGUGGCGUAAUGGUCGACAAUCUCAAACUGUGGACUGCUGUGUUGUCGUUUUUCCCCCCGUGACAACAAAAUUGAACCAUCGGGGGCUGCAGCACAGUAGUCACAAAUUCACCUGUUAGGAGAAAUCACCGUUGCAGGUUCACUCUAGUUUGAUAGAAGCAGGGAAGGGAAGGCGUGGGAGGGAUCGUGGGUUGUUGCUCGAGUUUGUGAUGUACUUUUUAUUUUUACCAAAUGGAAGAGUUUUUGAGUGUCACAGCAGGAGUGUUUCUGUGUUUAGGUACGCAAUGAUGGCAUUUCUGUUCCUCCCCUACACUGUCGGCAGGCCAGAGAGGUUUGAAAGCGGGUUGCCCUUUUACUUUGUUGUACACUGGAACCAAUGGCCUUGAUUUUUUUAAAAGAAUGUCACCUCAAACCACUAUCUCUGCCCACAAGGCUGUUUUAUUUUGUAAUGUCUGUCUACUGAUCUUGCCAUAUUGACUGUUAGCAAACCUGUGAUGGCAGGCGAAGAUAGAUAAGUGAACUUUUUAUUUUUGUUUUAUAUAAAAAUAUUGUGGUAUAAAAGUUUUUAGAAAUGGGGAUUCUUAAUUUUGGAACUACUGAGUUUUCAUUUUCCCAUGCUUUUCCACUCGCUCUGAGAGAAGAGGGAUUUUUUCUUUUUUACCUAGGAUUCUUUUUUUAUAAGAUUUUUCUCAGUGCUUUACUUCACUCUCUGUGUACUGUAUACUGUAUAUUUUGUGGUACGCUGUUGUGACCUCUGUGGUGUGUUGAUGUAUCUUUUUAUUUUGUUCCCGCUGUUUAGAAUUUAUAAUGAAACAAACCUCCAAGAAAACAAAUCACAACAUUAUAUUCUCUGUGUUUUUAUUCCCAUUGCAGGAACAGAUGAUUUGCAAAAGCUGUUGAUUUCUGUGGCAAUAUCAGUGUUGUUUUUGUUAUCAUGAACAUGAAUUUCUUUUGAAAUUAGCUGCUUUUUUUUCAGAAACAGAAAGCUGUAUGGAAGCAAGAAAGUGUGUGUGGCCAUAUGAUAAGGCAACUCACACACCUCCAAACAUCAUCUCUAAAAUCUUGACACACCAAACUAAAAGCUUUUGAUGUAA